ACGAGCUGCACUCGCCGGGAAGACGGCGCCGCUGGCGGCUGCUUCUGUCGCUGCGACCGCUGCCCUCCCGCCGCGCGUGGGCUCUGCAGCCUCGGCCGGCCGCGGCCUUGACCCCGCCGGCGCCCCAGCCUUCCGGGCCCUGCGUGGACGCUCGCUGUGCCCCGCGCAGAUCUGGCCGGGGCGCCCAACUUUGCCAGCUCGCCCAUCACUGCGGGCGGGACCUGCCUACCCCCUGAGCCGGACCCUGGAGCGGGUGCCCGGCCGGUGAGGCGUGCGGGGCGGCCCCAGGGAGCGGCAGGAUCCGGCCGCCGCGCGCUGGGUGCCUGGCGCGAGGCGCGCAGCCUUCACCGCCGUGUUGUUCAUUUCCGGGUCCCCAACAGUGCUGAAGACGGUACCUGGCACACAGGAGAUCCUCAGGCUACAGUGAAUCAGUGACUGAAUGGAUAAAUCCUCUUUAUGUUCACACGUACUGUCCGCUGCAACAGAGCAUCUUCAACACAGGCAUUGGUGUCUGAGAGCGGGGCUGGAGUGCCCGUGUGCCUGUGGAGUUGAGUGUGAUUCAUGACUGAAGACACACGGCCUUCUGCCUCUCUCUCCUCAGCACUUUUCCCACAUGAGGGGAAGACCAGCUUUGUAGAAGACAAGUGCCUGGAGUUGGAGACGCCUUGCCCACCAUGAAGGGAGCCUGCGCCCUCGCGUGGCUGUUCUCCAGCCUGGAGCUGUGGAGACUGGCCCAGCUGGAGGCACAAGAUGCCCAGUGCCAGAGAGCUGAGCACCCAGUCAUUUCCUACAAAGAAAUUGGCCCCUGGUUGCGGGAGUUCAGAGCGAAGAAUGCUGUGGAUUUCUCGCAGUUAACAUUUGACCCAGGACAGAAAGAGCUUGUGGUAGGAGCAAGAAACUACCUCUUCAGAUUGCAGCUAGAGGACCUAUCUCUUAUCCAGGCUGCGGAGUGGGCAUGUGACGAGGCGACCAAGAAGGCCUGCUACAGCAAAGGCAAAUCGAAGGAGGAGUGUCAGAACUACAUCCGGGUGCUUUUGGUGGGUGGCGACCGAUUAUUCACCUGUGGAACCAACGCUUUCACACCUGUGUGCACCAACCGCUCGUUGAGCAACCUGACUGAGAUCCACGAUCAGAUCAGUGGCAUGGCCCGCUGUCCCUACAGUCCCCAGCACAACUCCACAGCCCUCCUCACGGCUGGCGGUGAGCUCUAUGCCGCGACAGCCAUGGAUUUUCCGGGACGAGAUCCUGCCAUUUACCGAAGCCUGGGGCUUUUGCCUCCGCUCCGCACUGCGCAGUACAACUCCAAGUGGCUCAACGAACCGAACUUUGUAUCCUCCUAUGACAUCGGAAAUUUCACCUACUUUUUUUUCCGAGAAAAUGCUGUGGAGCAUGACUGUGGGAAGACAGUGUUCUCCAGGGCUUCCCGGGUCUGCAAGAACGACAUCGGGGGGCGCUUCCUGCUGGAGGACACUUGGACCACCUUCAUGAAGGCGCGCCUGAACUGCUCCCGGCCCGGGGAGGUCCCCUUCUACUACAACGAGCUGCAGAGCACUUUCUUGCUGCCCGAGCUGGACUUGAUCUAUGGCAUCUUUACCACCAACGUCAACAGCAUUGCUGCCUCGGCCGUAUGUGUCUUCAACCUGAGCGCCAUCUCGCAGGCCUUCAAUGGGCCCUUCAAGUUCCAGGAGAACUCUCGCUCCGCCUGGCUACCUUAUCCGAACCCCAACCCCAACUUCCAGUGUGGCACCGUGGACCAGGGCCUGUAUGUGAAUCUUACAGAGAGGAACCUGCAGGACGCUCAGAAGUUCAUCCUGAUGCACGAGGUGGUGCAGCCGGUGUCCCCAGUGCCCUCCUUCCUAGAGGACAACAGCCGCUUCUCCCACGUGGUGGUGGACGUGGUGCAGGGCAGAGACUUGCUCUUCCACAUCAUCUACCUGGCCACAGAUUAUGGCACCAUUAAGAAAGUACGCGCACCCCUGAAUCAGACCUCAAGCAGCUGUUUGCUGGAAGAGAUCGAGCUCUUCCCAGAGAGGAGGAGGGAGCCCAUCCGGAGCCUGCAGAUCCUGCACAGCCAGAGCGUCCUGUUUGUGGGUCUGCGGGAGCACGUGGCCAAGAUCCCCCUGAAGAGGUGCCGGUUCUACCGCACUCGCAGCACCUGCAUCGGGGCCCAGGACCCUUACUGUGGCUGGGACGUCGUGAUGAACAAGUGCACCAGCCUGGAGGAGAGCCUCAGCAUGACACGGUGGGAACAGAGCAUCUCCGCCUGCCCGACCCGGAAUCUCACUGUGGAUGGGCGCUUCGGCCAGUGGUCUCCGUGGACGCCCUGCAGCCACACGGACGGCAGUGCCGUGGGGUCCUGCCUGUGUCGGUCCCGCUCCUGUGACAGCCCAGCCCCACAGUGCGGCGGCUGGCAGUGCGAGGGGCCCAGCAUGGAGAUCGCCAACUGCUCCAGGAAUGGAGGCUGGACCCCCUGGACCUCCUGGUCACCCUGCAGCACAACCUGUGGCAUUGGCUUCCAGGUGCGGCAGCGGUCCUGCAGCAACCCCACACCGAGGCACGGGGGCCGGGUGUGUGUGGGACAGAACCGCGAGGAAAGGAAGACCCAUCCUGCAUUAUACUGCAAUGAACAUUUGCUCUGCCCGCCGCACAUGUUCUGGACAGGCUGGGGGCCUUGGGAACGGUGCACUGCCCAGUGCGGGGGUGGCAUUCAGGCUCGCCGCAGAACCUGUGAGAACGGGCCCGACUGUGCAGGCUGCAACGUGGAGUACCAGCCUUGCAACACCAACCCGUGUCCCGAGCUGAAGAAAACCACACCCUGGACACCAUGGACGCCCGUCAACAUCUCUGACAAUGGCGGCCACUAUGAGCAGCGAUUCCGAUACACCUGCAAAGCCCGCCUGCCAGAUCCGAACCUGCUGGAGGUGGGAAGGCAGAGAAUCGAAAUGCGGUACUGUUCUAGUGACGGAACCAGCGGCUGCUCCACGGAUGGGCUUUCCGGGGACUUCCUGCGCGCAGGGCGGUACUCGGCCCACACAGUCAACGGCGCGUGGUCAGCCUGGACGUCCUGGUCCCAGUGCAGCCGCGACUGCAGCAGGGGCAUUCGGAACCGGAAGCGCGUGUGCAACAACCCGGAGCCCAGGUACGGAGGGAUGCCGUGCCUGGGCCCGUCCGUGGAGUACCAGGAGUGCAACAUCUUGCCCUGCCCAGUGGACGGUGCGUGGUCAUGCUGGUCGUCCUGGUCACAGUGCUCGGCAACAUGUGGUGGCGGACACUACAUGAGGACACGCUCCUGCACAAACCCCGCCCCGGCCUACGGAGGGGACAUCUGCCUGGGGCUGCACACUGAAGAGGCCCUGUGUAACACACAGCCCUGCCCAGAGAGCUGGUCUGAGUGGUCCGACUGGUCUGGGUGCGACCCAGCUGGCGUCCAGUUCCGCACCCGCCAGUGCAUCCUUCCCUUCCCGGUGGGCAGCCAGUGCUCCGGGAACAACACCGAGAGCCGGCCGUGCGCUCUCGACUCUAACUUCAUCCCAGAAGUAUCCGUGGCAAGAUCCAGUAGUGUAGAAGAGAAAAGGUGUGGAGAGUUCAACAUGUUCCACAUGAUCGCUGUGGGCCUGAGCAGCUCCAUCCUCGGCUGCCUCCUCACCCUGCUUGUCUACACCUACUGCCAGCGCUACCAGCAGCAAUCCCAUGACGCAACUGUCAUCCACCCAGUGUCUCCUGCCCCUCUCAACACCAGCAUAACCAACCACAUCAACAAACUGGACAAGUACGACUCAGUGGAGGCCAUCAAGGCAUUUAACAAAAACAACCUGAUUCUCGAAGAAAGAAACAAAUACUUCAACCCACAUCUCACUGGAAAGACCUAUUCUAAUGCCUACUUUACAGAUCUCAAUAAUUAUGAUGAGUACUAAUAGCUCUUAUAUUUUUGGCUUCUUGUAAAUCCUCAGUUCUGCAAAGCCUGUGCUCCACGACUUCCAUGUUUCUGAGGCUUCUGGGUGGAAGUCUGGGUCGAUUUCAAGUGCAUUUCAAGCCAAGAGUGCUCCAUUGCUGCCAAAAAUACACACCCUUAAAAGCAACAAAAAACUAAAUAUGACAUCAUGAAAAUCUGGUCUACAGCACACACUUGAUCAUUGUUAAAUGAUCCAUGGUGUGAAGUUUUUUACUGUGUUCAGCCUAUUUCUCUAACGAGUCCAUUGUCCCAUGAGCUUUCUUUUACAUAUGUGCCACUCAUGUUGGAAGGAGUCUUAGAAAUGCAAAUGUCUUCUUCAUUUUGAGCAUAGAUCUUCAUGAUGUUUUAAUUCAAGAAAAUAAGCACCUUAUCUGAGAGGCCCCUCUAUCCAUGAGGCCCGUAUUAUUUGAUAAAAUGAAGAAAAUGAAUUUGGCCUAACAGGUAUUCACCAUGACCUCCCACCUUCUCCAGUCUGGAAAAUACUGCGGAUUCUCAGAAGCACCCAUGUGCGGACCUGGAACGCUUCCUGCUGCCCGGGAAGCCCAGGGAUCCCACCUCCCCUGCACCUGCCCAGGUGACGGUCAGCUGAGGCCCCUCCAGGUCCGGAGGCCCAGACGAGACUGUGCUCCGCUGUGGAAUGAGCGUGCGGAGCAGAAGCGCAGACCCAGGGCCAUGGGACAGCACUCUGCAACUCACUACAAGGCCACCUUCACUCCAAUUUCCAGGUUUCCUGUUGGCCCGAGCCCGCCUGUCUGGUCCACAGGACGGUCCCACAGAGCAGCCGGUAGAAUAACCACUGAUCAGCAGGCUGAUGACUCCACCCCACCUCUCCCUGCACAAAAAAGUCUUGAACCUUGAUAUUGCCAAUUAGGGAAAGUAUUGAAAGUAUGGAUUUAAAACUGAAAAUAAUUUUUUUAAAUGUCCCAUAUUACUCAGAGUAUUGGAAGAACUGAUGCUUAAUGAUGAGCUUCCUUUUGUUUUCCACCUCCUGGAUAAAACUAACACAUGGCAUCUGGCCCCAAGCAAGAAUGAUGUGUAAAGCUGGCUUUCUGGACCUCAGUGCUGUCUCCCUGUCCACCUGUCCACAACCCCACCUCUCCCUGCACUGAGGCAAGGGUGGCACAGGGGCACCUGGGUAGUCGGGCCGGAGGAAGGACUGGGAGGAAGGGCUCUGACCAUCCAUGUGGCCUUGGUCUCCAUUGUGGAUUAGCAUUUCAGGGCAUCCUAAGGCCAUCCCUGGAAGUCUCCAGAGGUGAGAAAGAUAAAUUACUCACGAACAUGGAUCCAGAUAGCGUGUGGCAGUGGGUGGAAUAAUUUUUAAAAGUAAGAACAAAAUGAAAACAGGUCAUCUGCUGCCUCUGGCCAUUAUAAGAAAGGCCCGAGCUGAUAUUGAUACAUGUACUUAUUGAUAAAUGAACCUUCGGAUUUGUGAAAAUGUACAGUACAGGUAGUGAGGAACACAGUUAUUCACUUUUGCAUUUCUGUCUUAUCCCACUUAGAACAGCGGUCUCAGAGAAUGUCAGGAAGAUCUCAUGACUGAUGAUGAGUAUAGCUGAGUUCUAAAUAUCCUAAAAUACCUGGGUUAGGAGCAGGCUCUCUGUUCACAGUUCUGUGGGUCUGAUGCUUGGGCUCUUGCGAGCUGUUAGUGCAAAGGGAAGGACAGGGACUGUUCAGGCACCUCUGGGCAUUUCAUGCACCUCGUGCACAUGGUGUAAGUGUCCUGUGUUGUCUGCACCUGCCCAGCAUUCACUCAGUAGAGGAAGCAAAGCAGAAGGUUUCCUGAUUGCUUCCAGGUUGGAUUUUCACUGGACGCUUUGACUCAUCUCUUUAAGAAAAAAAUCCUCACUGGAUAGCACAUCUUAACUUUUUUCUUUAAAUUGCCCUCUCCUAAAUAUUUUCUAAGCUUAAAAGAUCAUUUUAUCUCCCCUAAGAAGGAGGCUACUAAUAUUUUAUGAACUUGUCACUAAAGUUGAUGUGAAAUACUUUCCCGAUGGCACCCCAGCUGGCUGUAAGCAAUCAUGCAGUGAUCAGGAAAACCACUCUCCCUUCACCCCAGAUUCUCCUGUUGCGGCUGAUGCAAACCUUCCAGAUGAACUCUGCACAAAAAGCAGCCCCACAUUUUGCUCCCCGAUACUCUGUUCAAAGGAAAAUUGCACUUCCCCUCCUCUCUCGUAACAGGAGAGCGCUUGGUUCAGAAUAAUUGAGCUGCAUUUUAAGUGAUCCACCUAUCUGCCGAACAAUCCCUGGCUUCCCUUUCCUGUGCUGCUGUUGCUUGUGGCACUGUGCACUGUCACCGCCAGAGCUCUCCGGGCCUGAGCCUUGCAUGUGGCCCACGUGGUGCCUGCCAUCCGCAGAGCUGCCCCCUCCACAGAGCCGCUCUUCUGCUGGCUGGAACUUUGGGUCUAGGAUUCCUGCUGAAACCUGUGCAUCCAAAUUGAAAUUCCUGACAGACAUUUGCAUUUUAUUUCUCCUCCCUCCCUCUCUCCCUUCCUUCCUUCCUUCUUCUUUCCUUCCUCCUUUUUGUGUUCAUGCGGCACAAGUAGAGACUUACAUUUUUAAGCUGCACAUGUUUGACCCUAUUGUCAAAUAAGCACAAUUUAAUUUCUAGGACUAUGUCUGGGUAUGGUUGAACUAUGGCUGAUUUUCAUUAGGAAGGUGGCUUCAAUCACACAUUUAAAUUCUUUGAAAGUAAGGCCCCACAUUGAUCAGAGUCCUUCCUCUGGUGUACACUGGUCACCACGAAUCCUAUAGUACACUGACACUGCGGACAGAUGGAAUAGCAGAAUUCCUGCAUGAGGCACAAUGGGUCCUCCCUAAAUAUCGGGGGGCUUUGGUAAAACUGUGGGCUUCAUUGUCUCUCAGUGAUGUGAACUCAGUGAGUGCUGAGGAGCUUUCGUGCUGGGUGAGGCUCAGCUACACAGGAGCCACUGUCACCAGACCCCCAGGCAUUUCCUUCAAAACUUCCCCAAGAUGCAUUUCUAUUCCUCCUCCCUCUAAAGCUUAAAGGAGGCAUUGAACUUCCUAACUGGUGUAGGGAUGUAACCUUAAUCAUGUACACUGUGCUUGGAAUUAGCACUAAUAUUAAGGGAAGAAUAGGUUCCUUGUGUGCAUGGAGGGAUAGGCAAAGAUUCCACAGGAACUGAGAAUUACAAAUGGUGGAUGGAUGUGAGGGGGUCCCUGCCAAAAAACACCUCUGUCCUUGGGAAAGGUCAGUCCACAUGCUCUGGGCUGAACUGGGGAUCUGCUCCCUUUGACUCAUGGGUGAUGCUAGAAAGAAAAGAAGCAAAUGUGGCAAACAGUCAGAUAAGUAGAUGGCAAAGAAAAUGGGAGAUAGGUCUUUCCUUAGCAAGUGUUGUGGAUGGUCCCUCGUGAGACACUGACCACAUGCACAGUUCUGUUAUGCUGCUUGGCCUCUUCCAAGCUCAACUGCUCAGAUGCAGGAGCUUUAAGCUACAGUGUCCAUAUCUCUUCUUUCUCUGCAAGGGGAUGAAAGUCAUGGGAGGUGAAGGCUCUUCCAGUGAAUGUUUCCACCUGAAUCUCUGUAGAAUUCAUGGGGCUUGCCUUCAAAGAAAGGUAUGGAUAAGUUCUCAGCCAAGGAGAAGCCAUGUCCCUGACAUUGCAGUGUAGUUGAAUAUCACAGGAAACUAUCCUAAAAUACAUCAAGCGUGCACUCAGCUAAGCAUUUUGUCUAAAUGCAGCUUUGAUAGCAUUGGGUUCACAACUAUCUUCAUGCUUAUUUAUUUUUAUUUUAGAGUAAAUAAAAUAUUUCUCAACACUGGCCACUUUCCUUGUCACCUUUGUCCCGUGGCCAUCAACUGUUUUUACCAUUAAAGCUUCCUUUACGUUUCAGUGGGGCUUUCUUGUUUUGAGUGGUAUUUGGGGCUAUCUUCACUGAAUUCCCACUGGAGCAGCUAGGCAAAGACUUUAGGUUCUGAUAGUCACUACAAGGAGCUGCAUCAGCCCCAGUUCUCCAAGUGACAGGGUUGUGUCUGUGUCUCAUGGCUCCAACAAUGAGUUUUCACGAAGUUGUCAAGACAAUAACCUUACAUCAACUCAUGAACAAAUUCUGCCAUUGUUUUUGAUAUGAUACCUGCUGGAGUUCACAGGUGGCAUUGGCCAUGUCCAGGCCAUCCAUUCAUCCUGACUCUUACUGCAUGAUGUCAUUGGAGAUUUAUGUUGCCACGACAUCGUCAAUAUUUGGUUACUAAUUUUCAUCUGUCCUAGAUUUCAUCUGUGCUAUAGUUUUCUACCGUCAGAUACUAGAAGCCAUUCUGAGCCAUUCUGGGCAAUGAGUAUAAAGUCAAAAAAGUCAAAGUAAUAUUCAUUUGCACCUAAGAAACAAACGCACAAAAGGAAAUUCCAUGCACAGUAUUUUGCCAUGUAAGAUAAAAUAUGUGGAACACAGGAAACAUUGUGGAACUUUUUUCUGCUGUUCUCUCCUGUUGUGGUUAUUAAUUAAAAUUGAUUUAAAGAUAUUUCAUAAUGCUACAAAUACUAAGCCAAGGCAUUUAGGUUGUCUGCUUUGAUAACCUGAUAAAAGAAUAAGUAUUGCUUUAAUACUUACCUCUUUUCUCUUUGGAAAGUUGCAAAAUGAGAUGGGAUGUUGGAUUAUUGGCAGCAAUUUCUAAAAUGACUCUUCUUUAUGGACUUAUAUUAAGAUGCAUUAUUCACAUUUUUUAGCAGAUGGAUCAAAAUGUUUUAUUCAGUUUCACAUUGAAUUAUCAGAAAUUUGGUAUGCAUUAUGGAAGUAUCAGGAAUGGAGACAUUUUUGCUUUUAAAAUAUAGUUCACAAUGCAGUGUGCUUAAGACAACUACUUUCAGAGCCUGCCACUCCUUUUUAAAGACCACAUUUUGGGAAAGAGCUUAUUAAUUCUGCUGCAGAAAGCACUCUAGCUUAUAUCCCAUGAUCAGACUCGAUAUCAACUCUUGCCUAAGCAGCAGGGUUACUGUGUAGACACAGUGAAGCUUUCUAGUCAAUGACACCUCCAGUUCUAGAAGGAGAAAUGCAGAGUCUAAAAGCACCCAUGGCAUUUCUUAAACUAGGCAGGAAAAUCCAUCCCACCUCUUGGGAUUUAGUCAGAAAUAUGAGGCCAGUAGUUCAAACAUGAUCCUCUUCUUUCUCAGUUUUUCGACAAUUGAAUGCCAAAUGAUUCAAAUGUUAGACACAUCCAAGUGGAGAGCCAAGUCUGGCGUCUGAAAGGUGGGAACUAUGCUUCUACAAUGAUGCCCUCUCUGUAAGUGCGGAUAGUUCACUUUCUUGUAAAAAGUUGUUAGUGCCUUGUUUCAGAUGAUGUUUCAUCGUCACACCUGGAUAUUGUUGGUUCCACUUAGAAGCAGAGAGUUGAUUGGAUACCCUUAAAAGAAAAUCACCUUGCCAGGCUGCUUUGAACUCAGGAAUAGGAAAAGGCCAAGAAGCCCUUCAUCUUCAGAUGUGGCCUAACUCCCGUGGCGGGGGGUUAGCUGAAAAUUCAGGUUCACCGGCUGCAAGCUCACACAGACUGACACCACUCUAAGUCUUGCGUCUUCCAGGAGCACCUGUGUCCAUUGUGAUGGGAGCGCCGGGUGGUAUGUCCAUGUUAGAGCUGUGUCUCGGAUCCUCCCCAGCCAAGUCCGUAGGCACAGAAAGCCCAGACCCAGGCUUCCAGUGGCCAGAACAGGAAUGGGAAGUGUGGGGUGAGAACCACUUAGAUCAUUGUCUGAUUUGUUUUAUUUUUGAACUCAAUGUCAAAACUGCUUCAAAAUUUACAAUAGCUACCAACUCUCAGUUUGCAUUUUGAAAAGGUAACAGUGUUCUCUCUGCUAAAGUCUAUUGCUUUUCCCUCACACCAUGGCUGCAUGCUGAACUUGGGCUUGAACUCCUGCACUUUGAAGGAAAGCACAUAGGGACUGACUAUGUGGGAUCACCACAUCAGUUCUGCCUGCCAAGAAAACACACAAGCUUGGUCCAGUGUAAGAUUCCUCAAACCUGUGUGUUAUUCCACUAGACUUGAGUUUAAACAUGUUACGCCUCAUUCUGCGUUCAUUUGCUAUUGCCUGUUUUGUGAUACAAAAUAAAGUUAUUUGGGAUUGUUUACUUUUUUCACUGAUAAUUCUUCCAAACCAAUUUCAGCCCUUGGUAGACUUGGAAACAGUUACUAAUCUUAAAGUUAAUUUUAAUUUAAUCGAUCCUUUUGUAUAAUCGAAGAGUUUUCCCACGAAUGAACUAGUUUGGCAUGUCUUCUACCUUUGAAUGAGAAUGUGGAAUAUCAGUGGAUCUUGCAAUGCUCGUGAGUUGCUGAGUAUUUUUUUCAAGGGACUCUUGGGCACGCCACACUUUUUUUCAAUCCUAACAUUUUGUUGUCAAGAUCUCUUCCGAGGUCUUCUUGUCAGACAUGCGCAGCAGCAAUUUCCCAUGGUCCUCUCUUUGUUUUCUGUCCGUGAAUUCACUGGUCUCCAGCUCCCACUGGAGCUGUGUAACUUUGGGCUCAUAGUGCUGUGUAAGGAUCCCUGACAGACACACUAUGCUCAGAAGUCAGUUUAAGGCAAGGAGCUUGUUCUGUCUUGCAUUGGAUCAAUUAUGGUAGUUCAGAAAAGAGGGCGAGGAGGGCGUUACCCAGCCAGCCGGUGGAAACCAACCCCAUUUCUCCCAGCCUCAGCUCUGGGGAACACAAACACAUCUGUGAGAUACAGCUAGCUAGCACCACAGCAGUGAAAAUGCCCUGCUUUCUCACUGCCCACGGUGAAUGCUGACUUCUGUAUCUCAGCCCAGUUUAUCUUUUUUAAAACAAAUUCCUGAAGAACUGUCCCGAACCCUGCCAAGAGUGCAGCAGUCCUCCUUUGGUAGCAACUCCUCUCUCCCCUCCCCUGCAUCUCUAACUGCAAAGAUUGGGGUGGGGGUUAGAGAAUCCGGAUUAUGUACAGUAUAAAUUGUAUUAUAUUUUUUGUACUUAGGUUUUAUGUAAAUAGUUUGUCUCAUUUAAUUGUAUGUGAGCAUUGAAAUAAAUCCUGACCUUUAGGACAAAA